CUUAAGAAGAUGAGCAUGCCUUAUUCAAGAUGAUUUGCAGCAGCAAAGAGGAAAAGAGAGUUAAAAUGAAGUACAAGUCCAGGAUUGUUCUUUCCAGAAUCUACACAGCCUAAAGACAACUCAAUCACCCUAAAAGUAGAGCCAGAAAAGGAGACCUUAUCUGUGACCCGGAUUAACCAGAUAAGAUUUAUUAAGAAGCCAUUUAAAAUAGCCAAACGAAAGAGCUCGACUAAAUAUAACAAGACUAACUUUGACAAAUACAUGCUCAGGAUGCAAAAUAGCACUAAUCUAAAGGACAACUUUGCCAACGCUCAAAAGAUAGGUGCCAAGCUCCAAUCCGAACUAAACAAGUCCAAAAAGGGUCGAAAGCUACAUCUCGGGAUUCCUAAACCGCUCAUGCGUGAAACUCCGACUGGGCAGCUUGCUCCAGCUAUUUCGACUCCGAACCAGAACUCGUGCUUGGACUCUCAGAUUAUGAAUUCUAGCAACAUCACAAAUCUUUAAAAUC